AUGAUCAGAGAAUGGGAGAAUGGCUGUCAGAAGACUGGAAAACAGAGGGCUAGAGAUUCAAGGGCCCAAGAAAGGAUGACUACAGAGGGGGAGUCAAAUAAGAAUGGCACACCCAUCCAAGUAUUCAAUAUAAGCGAUUCCUUUCGGGAUAAAGACUCCCUGUGCUGCCAGGGGGAUCUAUGUUCUGCUUCACCAUUGGGGAUAUGGACCAAAUUCUACAAAUCAGACCCACGCAUUGCCCUCGGAAAAUACUCCCCCUUGGAAAAAGAGAUCCUACGUCUAGGUGGUGUUCACACCAGAGCAGCCAGGAGGUUUCUGACUUACAAGCAAGAGGAAGAACGGAAAAUGCUCAAGGAACUACAGUUGCUGUCUUCAGACUAUAAACGGGCGGUGGAAUAUAGAAAGCAGCUCACCCCUCCUUGUGCCACCUGUGCACCCCUAGAAAAAAUAUGGACGGCGAAGGUGAUGGUGCCCCCGGAGGAGUUCAAAAUGCCACAACGGGAGAGUCUGAACAUCGGCAAGCACAUAGAACGAAUGCAGCUCGCUCGAGCCCUGAAGCAUAAGCAGCUUUUACCCUACAUUGAAAGAUCUAGGAGCUCUUCGCUUCUGUCUGGAGGGGGCCUGGGCCCCCCGGCAAGGGACAAAACUGGGGAAGGCAAGGAUGACCGAGACGCCGAUCGCUGUGACUAUGCCCAUCAAGAGAGGAGAGAUGAGGCAGAGAGCAAAACCAUGAAAAGACAGGAAAUAAAAAUGAAUGUAAUUUUCAAGUCGGAAGAACCACAAAAAUGUGUAACGUACCAUCCAAAUGAUCUAAAACCAUUCCUCCCCCCCAAAAAAGCAGAAAGAUCCAUCGCUGGCUUAACAAACAGAAAUCUUUUGCACCUGGCCGAAUUCCCUGGAGACCUAAUGCUUAUGAAUCAGGAGUUUAUAUCACGGGGAAUCCACGCCAGUGAUGUGUCAAAGGCCAGCUGCCUGGAAGAAGGCAGUGCUUGGAAAGAGUACAUGCACAAAGCUGCUUCCCACCAUUAUUAA